UCUGAUCCCACACACACACACACACACACACACCACACCAUGGUCAACGACUGACUCUCUCUGUGUGGUGAGCUCUGAACAGUGAGCUCCAGGUUACCUAUGAACAGCAGGCCUCUCUCCUGUCUUUUUUUUCUACUGGAUUUGAGAUGAUAUCGUUGCUAGCAUCCAAAAGGAGUAAUGGAGAGGACCACCAUGUAGACAGUUUGCAGCCAGAGAAAGAAGAGAUAAGCUAGAAGAAGCUGCAGAAUGGGAACAUAACCUCUGGAGCGGCUCCUGAUUGCUGCCAUGAAAAGAAACGCACUAAGAACAGAAGGGAUGUUAUUAUCUUGUGGACGGUACUACGCUCCUCUCGCUGGUCUAACUUGCUUCUCUUAGUGUUCUCCUGGAUGGUCAUGUGGUUAUACGGUAUUUUCUCCACGUCGCUCACUUAAGGGAACUGUCCGUACCUCAAACCGAGGAUUUAGAUGUUGCACCCUCUAGUCAGUCCGCGGGUGCUGCAGCAUCGCAGGCUCUUUCUCUCUCUCUCUGACCUAGAGAUCUAUCAGUUUGGUUCCUCCGGUAUCGCCGGGCACAUUCCAGUGUCAUUCCUCUCUCUCUCUCUCUCUCUCUCUCUCUCUCUCUCUCUCUCUCUCUCUCUCUUUCCCUUUCUUCAUUUUGAGAAUCUCUCUUUUCUCUCAACCUACACGACUCGUUAAGAUACCGAGCAGCUAGUCCAGUCAUCAUGGGGGACCUGACGAACAGUGAUUAUUACGCUAAGAACCAAGGAAAUGAUGUCAGCAGUAACCACGAGGGGGGCUUUGGGGUCUCGGUCAUGGAGCUACGAGACCUCAUGGAGCUGAGAGGCAGCGAGGCGGUGGUUAAAAUCCAAGAGGACUACGGGGACACGGAUGGGCUCUGUCAACGACUCAAAACAUCACCCACAGAAGGCUUAACAGGAGAUGACCUAGAUAAGAGGAAAGAAGUGUUUGGGGAAAACCUUAUACCUCCAAAGAAGCCAAAAACCUUCCUCCAGUUAGUAUGGGAAGCUCUGCAGGACGUGACUCUGAUCAUCCUGGAGGUGGCUGCCUUGAUAUCUCUGGGACUGUCCUUCUAUCAGCCUCCGGGAGGGGACAGCGGAGAGUCCUGUGGGACAGCGGCGGCAGGUGCGGAGGACGAGGGUGAGGCCGAGGCCGGCUGGAUAGAGGGAGCAGCCAUCUUGCUGUCUGUAGUGUGUGUGGUUCUGGUGACGGCCUUCAACGACUGGAGCAAAGAGAAGCAGUUCAGAGGGCUGCAGAGCCGGAUCGAGCAGGAGCAGAAGUUCCAGGUGGUCAGAGGUGCUCAGGUCAUCCAGCUCCCUGUUGCUGACAUCGUGGUCGGGGACAUCGCACAAAUCAAGUAUGGUGACCUGCUUCCAGCGGAUGGAGUGUUGAUACAAGGGAACGAUCUGAAGAUAGAUGAGAGUUCACUAACAGGAGAGUCUGAUCACGUCAAGAAAGACACUGAUAAGGACCCCAUGCUGCUGUCUGGUACCCAUGUGAUGGAGGGUUCCGGCAGGAUGCUGGUAACAGCUGUGGGGGUCAACUCUCAGACUGGCAUCAUCUUUACACUGCUGGGGGCCGGAGAACCAGUGGAGGAGGAGAAGAAGGAGAAGAAAGGUGAGGCAGUGGAGGAUGGCCAACAAAACACAGACUGCCCCCAUCCCUCUGCCCACCCCAUCGCAACUAUAGCCACCGAUGGUACUGCAGGCGGUAUUGCACCUGGCAAUGCCAGCCUAGGUAAUGGUAAAAUACAGGAUGGCAAUAUGGAGAACAACCAGACUAAAGUGAAGAAGCAGGACGGAGCGGCUGCCAUGGAGAUGCAGCCUCUGAAGAGCGCCGAGGGAGGGGAGACGGAGGAGAAGGAGAAGAAGAAAGCAAAUGUCUCCAAAAAAGAGAAGUCUGUCCUCCAGGGGAAACUGACCAAGCUGGCUGUUCAGAUCGGCAAAGCAGGUCUGGUGAUGUCAGCCAUCACAGUGAUCAUCCUAGUGCUGUACUUUGCUGUGGACAACUUCGUCCUGCAGAAGAGGCCGUGGCUGACGGAGUGCACCCCCAUCUAUGUCCAGUACUUUGUCAAGUUCUUCAUCAUCGGUGUCACCGUGCUGGUGGUGGCUGUACCCGAGGGGCUACCCCUGGCCGUUACCAUCUCCCUGGCCUACUCUGUCAAGAAAAUGAUGAAGGAUAAUAACCUGGUUCGCCAUCUUGAUGCAUGUGAGACAAUGGGGAACGCCACGGCCAUCUGCUCCGACAAGACUGGCACUCUGACCACCAACCGCAUGACGGCCGUAGCGUGCUACGUGGGAGACGUCCACUAUAAGGAGAUACCAGACCCCGGAGCUCUGACUGCCAAGUCUCUGGACAUACUGGUCAAUGCCAUCUCCCUCAACAGCGCCUACACCACCAAGAUACUGCCUGCCACCAAGGAGGGUGGUCUGCCCAUGCAAGUGGGCAACAAGACAGAGUGUGGCCUGCUGGGCCUGGUGCUGGACCUGAAGAGGGACUAUCAGCCCAUCCGCAACCAGAUCCCAGAGGAGAAACUCUACAAGGUAUACACCUUCAACUCGGCCAGGAAGUCCAUGUCCACUGUCAUCAAACUAUCAGACGGCAGCUUCAGGAUGUACAGCAAGGGAGCCUCUGAGAUCGUCCUGAAGAAGUGCACUAAGAUCCUGAACCAGGAAGGUGAGCCGCGGGUGUUCCGUCCCAGGGAUAAAGACGAGAUGAUGAAGAAGGUGAUCGAGCCGAUGGCGUGUGACGGGCUGCGGACCAUCUGCGUGGCGUACCGUGACUUCCCUGCCGACCCAGAACCACUCUGGGACAACGAGAACGACAUCCUCAAUGAGCUGACAGCCGUCUGUGUGGUCGGGAUAGAGGAUCCCGUCAGACCAGAGGUACCAGAUGCCAUUAUAAGGUGCCAGCGUGCGGGCAUCACGGUGCGCAUGGUAACAGGUGAUAACAUCAACACGGCCAGGGCCAUCGCCAUCAAGUGUGGCAUCAUCCACCCUGGAGAAGACUUCCUGUGUAUCGACGGCAAGGAGUUCAACAGGAGGAUCCGCAACGAGAAGGGAGAGGUUGAGCAGGAGCGCAUGGACAAGGUGUGGCCUAAACUGCGAGUCCUGGCUAGAUCCUCCCCUACUGAUAAACACACACUUGUCAAAGGCAUCAUAGACAGCUGCUUGACAGACCAGAGACAGGUGGUGGCGGUGACAGGAGACGGGACUAACGAUGGACCAGCCCUGAAGAAGGCUGACGUGGGCUUUGCCAUGGGUAUAGCCGGUACAGAUGUGGCCAAGGAGGCGUCUGACAUCAUAUUAACGGACGAUAACUUCAGUAGUAUAGUGAAGGCUGUGAUGUGGGGGAGGAACGUCUACGACAGCAUCUCCAAGUUCCUCCAGUUCCAGCUGACUGUCAACGUGGUGGCUGUCAUCGUGGCCUUCACUGGGGCCUGCAUCACACAGGAUUCUCCUCUGAAGGCGGUCCAGAUGCUGUGGGUGAACUUGAUAAUGGACACCUUUGCGUCCCUGGCCCUGGCGACCGAGCCCCCCACCGAGGCCCUGCUGAUGAGGAAGCCGUACGGCCGCAACAAACCGCUGAUCUCCAGCACCAUGACCAAGAACAUCCUGGGACAUGGCAUCUACCAGCUGGUCAUCAUCUUCUCCCUGCUGUUCGUCGGUGAGCAAAUCUUUGACAUAGACAGUGGUCGUCACGCUCCGCUCCACUCCCCUCCGUCAGAACACUACACCAUCAUUUUCAACACCUUCGUCCUCAUGCAGCUUUUCAACGAGAUCAACGCCAGGAAGAUCCACGGAGAGAGGAACGUCUUCGACGGAAUCUUCAGGAACCCCAUCUUCUGUUCCAUCGUUUUCGGAACCUUCGCCAUCCAGAUUGUGAUCGUACAGUUUGGAGGGAAGCCAUUCAGUUGUACUCCUCUGGAUUUGGAGAAGUGGGGCUGGUGUACCUUCCUUGGACUGGGAGAGUUAGUCUGGGGACAGGUGAUCGCCACCAUCCCUAACAGCAAGCUACGGUUCCUGCGAGGGGCAGGUCAGCUGACCAAGAAGAACGAGAUGCCUGGGGACGAAGACAUGAACGAGGACAACGAGGAGAUCGACCACGCAGAGAGAGAGCUGAGACGAGGACAGGUCCUCUGGUUCAGGGGGCUCAACCGCAUACAGACUCAGAUUCGCGUUGUGAACGCAUUCCGUAGCUCUCUCUACGAAGGCCUUGAGAAACCGGACUCCAGACCGUCCAUCCACAACUUCAUGACCCACCCAGAAUUUAGGAUAGAGGACUCCACUCCCAACAUCCCCCUGAUUGAUGACACGGACUUAGAGGAGGACCCAUCGCUGAGGAAGACCCCCCAGCCCCAGGCAGGCAGCCAGCCCCAGUCCCCCAACAAGAACAACAACGCCGUCGACAGCGGCAUCAACCUCACCAUCGACACCACCAGUAAGUCAGCUGCAUCCUCCAGCCCAGCCAGCCCACUGCACAGUCUGGAGACCUCCCUCUAGUGGCCUGCAGCUGGCUGGUGGAGACCUCUCUCUAGUGGCCUGCAGCUGGCUGGUGGAGACCUCUCUCUAGUGGCCUGCAGCUGGCUGGUGGAGACCUCCCUCUAGUGGCCUGCAGCUGGCUGGUGGAGACCUCUCUCUAGUGGCCUGCAGCUGGCUGGUGGAGACCUCCCUCUAGUGGCCUGCAGCUGGCUGGUGGAGACCUCCCUCUAGUGGCCUGCAGCUGGCUGGUGGAGACCUCCCUCUAGUGGCCUGCAGCUGGCUGGUGGAGACCUCCCUCUAGUGGCCUGCAGCUGGCUGGUGGAGACCUCUGCAACUUUGGAGAUGUCCCUCUGGCAGAGCAGUAUCCCUCUGACAGCUCCCACUGCAAUCUGGAAACCUUCGUCUUAAGGCCUGGUAGAGAAUUUACCUACUGCAGCCUGGUGGCUCCCACACUGCAGUUUGGAGACUUCCGUCUUGCAGUCUCAUGGAGCCCUCAUUGGUCUGCAGUUUGGAGACCUUCCUCUAGCCCCUGCUGUCUCCUGCUGUCUUCUGCUGUACCUGGAGAAAGCAUACUACUACAGCUAUACAAUCAGAAAGGGCAACAAAGCCAACGCACAUGACAUGAACGUGUGUGUGUGUGUGUGUGUGUGUGUGUGUGUGUGUGUGUGUGUGUGUGUGUGUGUGUGUGUGUGUGUGUGUGUGUGUGUGUGUGUGCGUGUGUGCGUGUGUGUGUGCACUGACUGACUGAACCAUGUUUCUAGCAGCAGUAAAGCAGAGGACCAGAAAGACCUGGGAGGAGUGAAAACCAGUCUAACCUAACCUUACUCCACAAUAACAAUGACUAUAUCUAAACCUAACCCUACUCCACAAUAACAAUGACUAUAUCUAAACCUAACCCUACUCCACAAUAACAAUGACUAUAUCUAAACCUAACCCUACUCCACAAUAACAAUGACUAUAUUGAUAAUAGUUUGAAUUAACAUAAAAACAUUUUUAUCGCUCCUGCAUGAAUGUACAUUACCCAACGUUUUUAUUUUCAAUUGUUUUCAAAAUAAAUGUUGAAUGAUUUGAUUGGGUGGGUCGGUGGGAAGUGCCGUGGACUGCUACUUUAAAGACAGCCGAUUCGCCGGUAUGUGAGUUCCCUGUGCGGCAUGUGCUUAAGUGUAAAGAUGUAUGUAUUUCAUAAAUGAGAACCAAGUUUGCAGGGCUCAACUUGCACAGUAGAUUUGCACCUGUUGGAAAAGAGGAACCCAUAAAUAAAUAGCAUUUCUUAAAGAUAAUAUAUAUAAAUAUAUAUAUAUAUAAAGAGUUUAUCUUUGUUUGUUGGCAUGUUGUCUUGUUUUUUCUUUAAUGGUUCUAACUAUUUUAACUUAUUUAUGUCCUAAAGAGAAUGUCAUUUGUUUACAAUACCUGUAGAUACUUCCUGUUUGAUUUGUAGGGUUUCAAACCAUUCAGCAGAUGUAGUUGAGGAAAAACUCAAGUUUGUUUGAGUUCUGCUCUUUGGUGUUUAUAACUGUGUACUGAACUUGCCUGCUAUCUUGUCAAAUAUAGUAGAUAAUUUUAGAGGAUAACAAAAGAAAACCAAAAUAUAAUGGUAUAUAUAUAUAUAUAUAUUCAUGUUGCAUUGUAUUAUUAUAUGAUUGUUAGGGUGGACUCUGAACGGCUUCCUUCGUUUCCACACAGAGAUCGGAAUAAGACGAAAGGUUUAUUUCUUUAAUUACUAUUUGUCUUAUUUUUCUUAUUUUCAUCCAAAAGCUUAAAAUGUAACUGGAGUUGAGACUGAGAGGGUGAACAGGCCUUCUAUAACAGACAUGUUACAUGUCUUCUAUAUAAAAUCUGCUUGUUUUUUUAAGGAAAAUGUUUUCACUUUUGUGUGACCGUGAAAGACUGCAAUGGGUUUAUAUUAGAAAUUGCAAACUAAGUUAUAUUUGGCUUAUCUGUAUGGAAAAUUCUAAAAGUUGUUUAAAAAAAAUCUUGUGAUAUAUUGUGUUGAUUUAUUUAUUUUUAUUUUAUUAAAAGAAAGAAACACACAGCUAUCCAAAAAUGGUUGGAAUUUUGAACAAAAAAAACCCCCCAACAACAAUUAAAAUGGAAUGAUGCUUUGACUCUUCUCCUGGAUGAAGUUCUGGGUGAACCUCUCCGUACUGUUACUUGUGUUUCUGAGCGUUUUAACCAAGCUUGUCUUCCUGCCUUCCACCAAGUAUACAAGAGCAUCUUAAAGGAAUUCACUAGUUUUUAUAACUAUUUAUUGUUCUUUUAAGAAAGGAGGAAGGAGAGGACAACAGAGGCACAAAAGUAAGAAGGGACACAUAACUUACUAUCCAUCAAAAAGACAUUAAGAUGCUGAUAAUAACGACCCAGACCUAAACUAUUACGAUAUUGUUAUAUUUCUAUAUGUAACAUUGGAGUCAUUGAAAAGCAUGAUGUAAUAAGCAAGUUGAACCAAUCCAAUUGUUCUACUCUGAAUGAAUCUUUUGGUAAUUAUAUCUUGACCUGA